UCAUCAUUGAACUCUGACUUGACAUGUAUCGCCUUUGAAGUAUCGUGAGAUUACAUUCAGGAAGUGGUUCUCUGCAAUGUGAGAGAAAUGCUUCCCGACAUUUGCAAAGUGAUGUAACAUCCAUGGCGGGACAACUGAAGCGUCUAAAGGACGCAGUGAAAAUCAUAGGGUCCGGCAGCGUCCUGUUUGUCUCCUACCUCACUGCUGUGGGAGAUGAGCGCUUCUACACCAACCAGCUCAUGCCCUUGCUGCAGAGGAUUGUGGGAGCAGAGACAGCCCAUGUCAUGGCUGUGAGGUUAAUAGGCCUGGGUCUGGUGCCUCUGAACCGCUACCAGGACCCAGCAUCACUGGAAGUGAACGUCAUGGGCCGUAAGUUCAAGAACCCCAUAGGGAUAGCAGCAGGAUUUGACAAGCAUGGGGAGGCUGUUGACGGGCUGUAUAGACUAGGCUUUGGCUUCGUGGAGGUGGGGACCAUCACCCCCAAACCCCAGGAGGGGAACCCCAAACCACGUGUGUUCAGACUGACCACUGACCAGGCGGUCAUCAACCGAUAUGGGUUCAACAGCUGUGGUCUUGCAGCGGCACGGGAGAGACUAAAGGCAAGAGAAGGCACCCAGGUAGAGCUGACUAAAGCUGGCCUGCCCCUGGGCAUCAACCUGGGAAAGAACAAGCUGUCGCAGGACGCAGCGGCAGACUACCUGGAGGGGGUGCGGGCGCUGGGCCCUCUGGCUGAUUACCUGGUGGUGAACGUGAGCAGCCCCAACACCCCAGGCCUCAGGGACCUGCAGGGGAAAGGGAAACUGCGACAACUGCUGUACAAGGUGUUGAAGGAGCGUGAUGCCCUACAGGGUGGGAGUAGGCCACCUGUACUGGUAAAGAUUGCCCCUGACCUCACCGCCCAGGAUAAGCAGGACAUUGCUGAUGUGGUCACAGAGCUUGGUGUGGAUGGGCUGUUGGUCUCCAACACGACAGUAUCCAGGCCUGAGACUCUACAGGACCCCCAGAGUAAAGAGGUGGGAGGGUUGAGCGGCCAGCCCAUCAAGGAUCUCUCUACACGCACUGUGAGAGAGAUGUACAGCUUGACAAAAGGUAAGGUGCCAAUUAUUGGAGUUGGGGGUGUAGCCAGUGGACAAGAUGCCAUGGACAAGAUCUGUGCUGGAGCCUCAUUGGUCCAGUUAUACACCUCUUUAACCUAUCAGGGUCCACCAGUUGUCACCAAAAUCAAAAGGGAACUAGAACAGCUUUUAAAAGAACAAGGAUUUGCAAGCAUAUCGGAUGCUGUUGGAGCUGACCAUAGAGGAGCUGAGGGGAAAUUUCAACAACAGUCUAGAGAGGGACAAUGAUCAAGGCUCUGAGUGUCAAUAUCAGUCAGUUCUACAGGUUAGAUUGACUACAAUACAGACUGAUGCCUUUGUCAGUUUCCUGCCUUUACUUGAAGUCUAUAGUACAUGAAGUGGUUUGCCUGGUCAAUUCAUGUAACGCCUGGCUAGAAUGAUACCUGUGCACACAAUUAUUACAGCAGUAACAGCAGUAUUGGGAACCUGCCCCAUUUCACGGUUCUUACUGGAUCUGUUGGUUAUUCGGCGAUGUAACCGUAAGAAGCCGUAAGGUUACGUGGUAACGGUAUUUUGACACUAGCAGUCACAUUGUCAUGUGUAACGUAUGUCAAAAUAAAAUGUUUUUUUUUUUUUUGAAAUUAUGUAAAUAUGAUGUGUGUUCUAUUCAGAAAUACUGUGUGUUGCUAUUUAUAGAACUGUGACUAUAGAAAUUGAACAUUUUCACAAAUAACUUCCAUUCAAAGUGCUUAACUGCACGUCUCUUGUAAAUCGCUGAACUGCUACCCACAUAAUGGAGACCUUGUCUGAAAUUAGAAUUGAUCACCAAGCAAUGAGUGGAAUGACAAUUAACUGACAAUUACCAUUUAGCCUUGCAGCAGUAGUCAGUUAAACACUGAGGAAAUAUAACAACUUUGACAUUUUAAAGAAAGGGCAAUGGCACAAUUACUUGCCUAAUGUCAGCAGACUUUAAAUACACAUGAUCCCACUGUAAGAUGGUAAAAACUGCCUUAACUCUCAGCGGUAUAACGGAUGAGAAGUGUACCAGAAUAAGAGGUCAGUGACAGAGAGAGCCAAGUCCAAGAGGAUGCACUGAUGGUUCUCUGUCCUAUUUCUGACCUAUUACAUAGAUUGAAUUGAAUUGUAAUGCCUCCUGUUACGGGUGUAAUGUCAAGGGGUUACUUAAUGUAUGUUAAGUCGUGUACAUUAAACUAUAUAGUUGAGCUAUUUGAGAAACAUUAACCUCCAAGCACGCGCCUCAGGCAAGAAUAAAUGUCAAUUUUUAAAUUCUUA